AUGUGGAACAACGGCCAGAUUGCGCCGCCUGGCACCGGCGGUUCGUCUAUCCCGCCACCGCCGGCGGCUCAGCCCUCUUACACGGUAUUGCCUUCCCCGGCUGAUGCCGAGGCCAGGCUCGAAGAGAAGGCCCGGAAAUGGCAGCAGCUCAAUUCCAAGCGGUACAGCGAUAAGCGCAAGUUCGGCUUUGUCGAGUCGCAGAAAGAGGACAUGCCUCCUGAACAUGUCAGGAAGAUCAUUAGAGACCAUGGGGACAUGUCUUCGAAGAAAUUUCGUCAUGAUAAACGAGUGUAUCUAGGAGCACUUAAAUUUGUUCCACAUGCAGUCUACAAGCUCCUUGAGAAUAUGCCAAUGCCUUGGGAGCAGGUCCGUGAUGUGAAGGUCUUGUAUCAUAUAACCGGGGCAAUUACAUUUGUGAAUGAGAUACCCUGGGUUGUUGAACCCAUCUAUUUGGCUCAGUGGGGUACGAUGUGGAUUAUGAUGAGAAGAGAGAAGAGGGAUCGUCGACAUUUCAAAAGAAUGCGGUUUCCGCCAUUUGAUGACGAAGAACCUCCAUUAGACUAUGCUGAUAAUCUGUUAGAUGUUGAUCCCCUAGAGCCAAUUCAACUGGAGUUAGAUGAAGAAGAAGAUUCCGCUGUGUAUACUUGGUUUUAUGACCAUAAACCUCUUGUUAAGACAAAGCUCAUUAAUGGUCCAAGUUAUCGGAAGUGGCAUCUUUCGCUUCCAAUCAUGGCAACCCUUCAUCGACUUGCAGGACAGCUACUUUCUGAUUUGAUUGACCGCAAUUAUUUCUACUUGUUUGACAUGGAGUCCUUUUUCACAGCCAAAGCACUGAAUAUGUGCAUCCCUGGUGGACCUAAAUUUGAACCUUUGUAUCGGGAUAUGGAGAAAGGGGAUGAGGACUGGAAUGAGUUUAAUGACAUUAAUAAACUCAUUAUUCGGUCACCUCUCAGAACAGAGUACAGAAUUGCAUUCCCUCAUCUCUACAACAAUAGACCCAGGAAGGUAAAGCUUUGUGUGUAUCACACACCCAUGGUGAUGUACAUAAAAACCGAGGAUCCUGAUCUACCUGCAUUUUAUUAUGAUCCAUUGAUACACCCAAUACCCAGCACCAACAAGGAGCGGCGUGAGAAGAAAACUUUUGAUGAGGACGAAGAUGAUGUUUUUGGUUUACCAGAGGGGGUGGGACCAUUUCUACAAGAUACUCAGCUUUAUACUGACACCACAGCUGCUGGAAUCUCCCUCUUGUUUGCGCCACGCCCUUUUAACAUGAGAUCUGGUCGGACACGUCGAGCAGAAGAUAUACCCCUUGUGUCAGAGUGGUAUAAAGAACAUUGUCCUCCAUCGUAUCCAGUUAAAGUUCGGGUCAGCUAUCAGAAAUUGCUGAAGUGUUUUGUGUUGAAUGAGCUACAUCAUAGACCACCUAAGGCUCAAAAGAAGAAACAUUUGUUUCGAUCUCUUCAAGCUACUAAAUUUUUCCAGACUACAGAGCUUGAUUGGGCUGAAGCGGGUCUUCAAGUUUGUAAGCAGGGUUAUAACAUGCUAAAUCUAUUGAUUCAUAGGAAAAAUUUGAACUACCUUCAUCUUGAUUAUAAUUUUAAUCUGAAGCCUGUGAAAACACUGACAACAAAAGAGCGUAAGAAAUCUCGGUUUGGUAAUGCUUUUCAUCUUUGCCGUGAAAUCUUGCGGUUGACAAAGCUUGUAGUUGAUGCUAAUAUCCAGUUCCGUUUGGGUAAUGUUGAUGCCUUCCAAUUGGCUGAUGGCUUGCAAUACACAUUUUCUCAUGUUGGUCAGUUGACUGGAAUGUACCGUUACAAGUAUAGGUUGAUGCGGCAGAUUAGAAUGUGCAAGGAUUUGAAGCAUUUGAUUUACUAUCGGUUCAAUACUGGGCCAGUUGGGAAAGGACCCGGAUGCGGGUUCUGGGCACCAAUGUGGAGGGUAUGGUUGUUCUUCCUUCGGGGCAUAGUUCCUCUUCUAGAACGGUGGUUGGGAAAUUUACUUGCAAGGCAAUUUGAAGGGCGGCAUUCGAAAGGAGUGGCAAAGACUGUAACUAAGCAGCGUGUUGAAAGCCAUUUUGACUUGGAGCUUCGAGCUGCUGUCAUGCAUGACGUUCUUGAUGCCAUGCCGGAGGGCAUCAAGCAAAAUAAGGCAAGAACUAUCUUGCAACAUCUGAGUGAGGCGUGGCGUUGCUGGAAAGCAAAUAUUCCUUGGAAGGUUCCUGGUUUGCCAGUUCCUAUUGAGAAUAUGAUUCUUCGUUAUGUCAAAUCAAAGGCAGACUGGUGGACAAAUGUUGCCCACUAUAAUCGCGAGCGCAUAAGAAGAGGUGCUACAGUAGAUAAGACAGUUUGUCGGAAGAAUCUUGGAAGAUUAACUCGUCUUUGGCUAAAGGCAGAGCAGGAGCGACAGCACAAUUAUCUGAAAGAUGGUCCAUAUGUUACACCUGAAGAGGCAGUUGCAAUCUACACGACAACCGUGCACUGGUUGGAGUCGAGAAAGUUCAGCCCCAUUCCGUUCCCUCCAUUGUCAUACAAACAUGAUACAAAGCUACUUAUCCUUGCUCUGGAGAGGCUGAAGGAAUCUUAUAGUGUGGCUGUAAGAUUGAACCAGCUUCAAAGAGAGGAGCUGGGUCUCAUUGAACAAGCCUAUGAUAAUCCACAUGAGGCAUUGUCACGAAUUAAGCGUCACUUGCUCACUCAGCGUGCCUUCAAAGAAGUCGGUAUUGAGUUCAUGGAUUUGUAUAGCUAUCUUAUUCCAGUUUAUGAGAUUGAACCUCUUGAGAAGAUUACGGAUGCAUAUCUUGAUCAAUAUUUAUGGUAUGAGGGUGACAAACGUCAUCUCUUUCCAAACUGGAUCAAGCCUGCAGAUUCUGAGCCACCCCCGCUUUUGGUUUAUAAAUGGUGUCAGGGAAUAAACAAUUUACAGAGUAUAUGGGACACAAGUGAGGGGCAGUGUGUGGUGAUGCUUCAAACGAAGUUUGAGAAGUUCUUUGAAAAGAUUGACUUGACAAUGCUAAAUAGGCUUCUACGUCUUGUCCUUGAUCAUAAUAUUGCUGAUUAUGUCACUGCAAAAAACAAUGUGGUAUUGUCUUACAAAGAUAUGAGUCAUACAAAUUCUUAUGGUCUUAUACGUGGUCUUCAGUUUGCAUCGUUUGUUGUACAAUAUUAUGGACUUGUGUUGGAUCUGUUGCUUCUUGGAUUGACUCGAGCCAGUGAGAUUGCUGGUCCACCCCAAAUGCCAAAUGAGUUCAUCACUUAUUGGGACACAAAGGUUGAGACUCGGCAUCCUAUCAGGCUGUAUUCUCGAUACAUAGACAGGGUGCAUAUCUUGUUCCGCUUCACUCAUGAAGAGGCUCGGGACCUUAUCCAGCGAUAUCUGACUGAGCAUCCAGAUCCCAAUAAUGAAAAUAUGGUUGGAUACAAUAAUAAGAAAUGCUGGCCAAGAGAUGCUCGAAUGAGGCUCAUGAAACAUGAUGUCAAUCUUGGGAGGAGUGUUUUUUGGGAUAUGAAGAACCGUCUUCCUCGAAGUAUCACCACUUUGGAGUGGGAAAACAGCUUUGUUUCUGUUUACAGUAAGGAUAAUCCAAAUUUGCUAUUCAGCAUGUGUGGGUUUGAAGUUCGGAUACUUCCCAAGAUAAGAAUGAGUCAAGAAGCAUUUAGCAACACAAGGGAUGGGGUCUGGAAUUUGCAGAAUGAACAGACAAAGGAGAGGACUGCAGUUGCUUUCUUACGGGUUGAUGAUGAACACAUGAAGGUGUUUGAAAAUCGUGUGAGGCAGAUUCUUAUGUCUUCAGGGUCUACAACUUUUACAAAAAUUGUCAACAAAUGGAAUACAGCACUUAUUGGUCUUAUGACUUACUUCCGUGAAGCAACUGUACAUACACAAGAGCUGUUGGAUUUGCUGGUCAAGUGUGAAAAUAAAAUACAGACCCGUAUUAAGAUUGGGUUGAAUUCAAAGAUGCCUAGCAGGUUUCCGCCUGUCAUUUUCUACACACCAAAAGAAAUCGGAGGACUUGGUAUGUUAUCUAUGGGUCAUAUAUUGAUUCCACAGAGUGACCUCCGAUACAGUCAGCAAACGGAUGUUGGUGUGACUCACUUUAGGAGUGGAAUGAGUCAUGAAGAGGACCAGCUGAUUCCAAAUCUUUAUCGUUACAUACAACCAUGGGAGAGUGAAUUUAUAGAUUCACAGCGUGUUUGGGCAGAAUAUGCACUGAAAAGGCAGGAAGCUCAGGCACAAAAUAGGCGUCUAACGCUUGAAGAUUUGGAAGAUUCAUGGGAUAGGGGAAUUCCACGAAUAAAUACUUUGUUCCAGAAGGACAGGCACACUUUAGCAUAUGACAAAGGGUGGAGAGUUCGCACAGAUUUUAAGCAGUACCAAGUCUUGAAACAGAAUCCUUUCUGGUGGACACACCAGAGGCAUGAUGGAAAAUUAUGGAACUUAAACAACUACCGAACUGAUGUUAUUCAAGCCCUUGGAGGUGUUGAGGGAAUCCUUGAGCAUACAUUAUUCAAAGGAACAUACUUUCCUACUUGGGAGGGGCUCUUCUGGGAGAAGGCAUCUGGUUUUGAGGAGUCGAUGAAGUAUAAGAAGUUGACCAAUGCACAAAGAUCUGGGCUCAACCAAAUCCCCAAUCGUAGGUUUACUCUUUGGUGGUCACCUACCAUAAAUCGUGCCAAUGUUUAUGUCGGUUUCCAAGUGCAGCUAGAUUUAACUGGAAUCUUCAUGCAUGGCAAGAUUCCGACCUUGAAGAUUUCACUGAUUCAGAUAUUCCGUGCUCACUUGUGGCAGAAGAUUCAUGAAAGUGUUGUCAUGGAUCUCUGUCAGGUUUUGGAUCAAGAGUUGGAUGCGUUGGAAAUUGAAACAGUGCAGAAGGAAACAAUACAUCCCAGGAAGAGUUACAAAAUGAACAGCUCCUGUGCUGACAUUCUUCUGUUUGCUGCUCAUAGAUGGCCAAUGUCGAAACCUAGUCUAGUAGCUGAGCCAAAGGAUGUGUUUGAUCAGAAAGCUAGCAACAAGUACUGGAUAGAUGUACAACUCCGUUGGGGUGACUAUGAUUCUCAUGAUAUUGAGCGUUACACCCGAGCUAAGUUUAUGGACUAUACCACUGACAACAUGUCUAUCUAUCCUUCUCCCACAGGGGUGAUGAUUGGUCUCGAUUUGGCUUAUAAUUUGCAUUCUGCAUUUGGUAACUGGUUUCCUGGGUCAAAACCCCUGCUUCAGCAAGCAAUGAACAAGAUAAUGAAAUCAAAUCCAGCCUUGUAUGUGCUGAGGGAGCGAAUAAGGAAAGGAUUGCAGCUCUAUUCUUCUGAGCCCACGGAACCAUAUUUGUCAUCCCAAAACUAUGGAGAGAUCUUCAGCAACCAAAUUAUUUGGUUUGUUGAUGACACAAAUGUUUAUCGUGUUACGAUACAUAAAACAUUUGAAGGAAAUCUCACGACAAAACCCAUCAAUGGAGCUAUUUUCAUAUUCAAUCCAAGGACUGGUCAGCUGUUCCUGAAGGUUAUCCACACAAGUGUCUGGGCAGGACAGAAGCGUCUUGGUCAAUUGGCCAAGUGGAAAACUGCUGAAGAAGUUGCUGCACUUGUGCGCUCUCUGCCUGUUGAAGAACAGCCGAAGCAAAUUAUUGUGACUCGUAAGGGAAUGUUGGAUCCAUUGGAGGUUCAUUUGCUUGAUUUCCCCAACAUAGUCAUAAAAGGAAGUGAGCUGCAGCUUCCUUUCCAGGCUUGUCUGAAGAUUGAGAAAUUUGGUGAUCUGAUAUUGAAGGCAACUGAACCGCAGAUGGUUCUGUUCAACAUUUAUGAUGAUUGGUUGAAGAGUAUUUCAUCAUACACUGCAUUCUCCCGACUAAUUCUGAUUCUUCGUGCACUUCAUGUAAACAAUGAGAAGGCAAAGAUGUUAUUGAAGCCUGAUAAAACAGUCAUUACUGAGCCACACCACAUCUGGCCUUCUCUUUCUGAUGAUCAAUGGAUGAAGGUCGAGGUUGCUCUAAGGGAUCUCAUAUUAUCAGACUACGCAAAAAAGAACAAUGUGAAUACAUCGGCCUUGACACAAUCCGAGAUCCGUGACAUUAUACUUGGAGCUGAGAUCACUCCACCUUCUCAACAAAGGCAGCAGAUUGCAGAGAUAGAAAAACAGGCUAAAGAAGCCAGUCAGCUGACAGCAGUCACAACAAGGACUACGAAUGUGCAUGGUGAUGAACUCAUUGUCACCACUACGAGUCCCUAUGAGCAAAAUGCUUUUGGUUCCAAAACCGAUUGGCGUGUCAGGGCAAUAUCAGCCACAAAUCUAUAUCUUCGUGUCAAUCAUAUAUAUGUGAAUUCAGAAGAUAUAAAGGAAACGGGUUACACCUAUAUUAUGCCAAAGAACAUUUUGAAAAAAUUCAUCUGCAUUGCGGAUCUGAGGACACAAAUUGCCGGUUAUUUGUAUGGGAUAAGCCCUCCUGACAACCCUCAGGUUAAGGAGAUUCGUUGCAUUGCCAUGGCACCACAGUGGGGGACCCAUCAGCAAGUUCAUCUUCCAUCAGCUCUUCCUGAGCAUGAUUUUCUCAACGACUUGGAACCUUUGGGAUGGAUGCACACGCAGCCGAAUGAGCUUCCUCAGCUUUCUCCUCAGGAUCUCACCACUCAUGCAAAGAUUUUAGAGAACACCAAGCAAUGGGAUGGGGAGAAAUGCAUCAUCUUGACCUGCAGCUUCACUCCAGGUUCCUGCUCGUUAACUGCAUACAAACUUACUCCAUCUGGUUAUGAGUGGGGACGUGUCAACAAAGACACCGGAAGCAAUCCUCACGGAUACCUUCCCACUCAUUAUGAGAAGGUCCAGAUGCUUCUCAGUGACCGCUUCCUUGGUUUCUAUAUGAUUCCGGACACUGGGCCAUGGAACUACAACUUCAUGGGGGUGAAGCAUACGCCUAGCAUGAAGUAUGGCAUCAAGCUUGGGACCCCUAGGGAGUACUAUCAUGAGGACCAUCGGCCAACCCAUUACCUUGAGUUCAGCAAUUUGGAGGAGGGUGACACAGUGGAGGGUGAUCGCGAUGAUACCUUCACAUAA